AUGGACGAAGGCAUAAUGCAUGAAAACCUUCUCGAAGACAUGAAUGACUCUGAUGAUGGAAGUGUCUUUGUGUUGCCAAAGAGUGACAACUCGCACAACUCAUCUAUGGAUUUUCAGAAUCACUCUUAGAUGGUAGAUCACCUGGAUGCCAAUAUGAACAAAGAUCAGUCAAUGGAUAACCCUAGUGAGGUUGAAAAUGGAAUGCUUCCAAAUUUACAACUCUAGCCCUAGGGUUCCAAAAGCCAGAUAGAAUAAUAAAGUGCCAACUAGUAGUAAAAACCAAAGCCUGAAUUAUCAUCCCCUCCAAGGAAGUCAAAGUACUUCAGAUAUCAAAUACCUUAGAAAGAGAAGUCACCAGAUCGACCCCUUUAUCCACUCAGAUAAAAACUGAUUGAUAACAUUAUGCUCCCACCAGGCCACAAGAAAAAAGGAAAGCUUAUCAAAAGAUCACCUGGGUCUAUAGUGGGCAAUCAAUAUCUUUAUCAUCCUUUGAACAAUCUUGAGCAGUAGCAAAGAGACUUUACCAAUUCUCUAAUUAAAACUCAGCCAAACAGCAACUAGGUUUCUCCAAAAAGCAACAACUACUUUAAAUAAUAGGUGUUGAGUGAUAUGAAUGAAGGUACCAAAUCUGGUGGUUUGAGCUCAGUAAAGUAGGCUAGACUCUCUUCUCAAAUGAUAAAUAAUAUCAAUCAGCAAUUUACUAUCCUUGAUGGUUUCACUAUCUUAUACUCGUGCAGAGUGAAAUUGCCUCAUGAAGCGAUUAAAGCUAAUUUACAGUCACUUUGCAUUAAUAUAAUAAAUCAGAAUGACUUGAGUUUUUUCAAUAACUUAUCUUAUCUUGAUGCCUCUGACAAUCAACUUAAUAGCCAGAUCGAACUUAUCAAACUUGGGAUGCUUAAAAAUCUUACCCAUAUUAAUCUCGCAUAUAACCAUAUCAACAGUCUUUAGUUCUUGUAGGAAUGCCAUUUGAUGCUUUAAAACUAAAAAGAUGUUUCAGUAAAGACUUAUUUUGGGUUAAUUAGCUUGGAGACUAUUGGAUUGGCUUAUAAUAAUAUACCAAUAAAUAGCAUUCACUUUUUGAAGUUUCUGCCUAAACUAAAAGUACUAGAUUUAUCCUCAAACUAUCUUUCACAGGUUCCAGAUGAUCUUUCAUACCUAUUGAAUCUUGAAGAACUAAACCUGUCGCAUAACCUAUUUUCAUCUCACACUUCAAUUUAUAAUCCUAAUAAGUUUUUCAUGGCUUUAGCAUCCAUACCCAGAAUCAAGAAACUUAAUCUCUCCUAUAACAAACUUGAAGGAAUACACUAUGAAGAGAUGCAAAUUAAAAAAGUCAAUUUCCACAAGUUAACUGAACUUGACUUAAGUUAUAAUAUUAUCACUAGCUAAGAGGAUUUACUGUAUUGCCAAAACUUUCAGAAUCUAAUACUUCUUACUUUAGCUGGUAAUCCUAUAUUUGAAACUUAAGAAGGCAAAACUGGAGACACCAUUAGAGACUUGGAAAGACUUUUAUAUGUUAAGAAUCAGACUACAAUAAUGUGGAAGAGAGCUUAAGAUCUUAUGACACCUAAGGCAGGUGGUGACGCUUCAACUAGAAGUAAAAUAUUAAGCUAUAUGGGUAAAGAUGAUGAAUAUUCCAAGCCAAUCAAAGUCAGCUCUAAGAAUUUUAAGAUAUUUGAUAGAGAAUUAGACAGAAUCAAGAAUCCAUAAUUCAACAAGGGCGAGUCCAUUGCUCUGAGUGAGCUUAACUCUUUAUAAGGAGACAGACUUGGUGGUCACUUCAACAAUCAACUAAUAAGCAUGAAUCUUGAAAAUGGGAUGGGCCCAUUAAACUUGGAAAAAGAGGAAAGUGAGAUUAAGCAACCAUCAGAGGCGUCUUCCAACACAAAAAUGCUUACAUCUCCAAGAAGUAACAUCCAAAAUGUGAGCAACUUAAAUUAAAUCCAAAGAGACAAUGUAUAUAUCACUCAGCAGAUUAUAGAAGAAACUACAAUCCAAUCUAAUUCAACUUUACAUUAGAACUCAAGCUUUGUCGGAAAGAUCAAAGUUGCUAAUCUAAACAUAAGUGCAUAGGAAAUUUUACAGAAUGAUUCUCACUAUCAAGAGCCCUUGAAUUUCUAUAGUGCUUAUCGACAGCUUAUCUAGAGAUAAUACAACUUCGGUAGCAGGCGUGAAAGAUUUUCGUACACUCCUACAUCAAUGGAUUAUGAGAAUGAAUUGACAUGCAGACCUUAUCAAAUGGCUACUGCUUCUUAUAUUAAUAAGUUUGGAUCAGGCUAGAAAGGUAAUGUCAAGUUAUCAUACUACCUUUCACACUAAUUCCAAAAGAAAUACAUUAACUCGAUGAAUGUCAAUCAAUCAGUUCCUUCAAGUCCUCUUUCUCGCAAAUCACAGGGAGGCAUGCCAUAAACAGCUAGCACUCCUUAGACAUUCUCACCCUCAGGUGGGAUGAUGACUAGAACAGGCUACAUUAAUACUAAGCCGUUUACUCAGCAGUAACUUUACAUACAGCCUCCUCCGAAUGUAUUUGAUCAUCACUCAGUUUAGUUGCCAAAGUUAAUGCAUGGAAAGAACGAGGUCGAAAAGAGAGGCAUCUUUUAAGAUUUCAAAAAUUCAAUAAAAGACAAGAAAAUCGGUAAACUAAUAGAGUAGAUGAGGAUAGCUGCAAGUAUCAAGUCUAAGUACGCCACCACUAUGAUAGGAGGGAAGCCAGUAUUAAACCUUAAACAAUAGUAUGGAUUCUCGGAUUCAGAGGAUGAGUCAGAGGAAAAUGAUGAGGUUCUUACAAAGCCUCCUGAUUCCAACCUUCAUGGAUUAUCAAUCGAAAGAGCUAUUGUAAACCAGAACAAUGUCAAGAGUGUCUUGGUGAAAAAUAUUCCAAACAAGUUAUAGCAUCCAGCUUUUCAAAACCAGCAAGAUUCUUUCUAGAUUUCAUCAUUCUCCAAGACUUAGUCCUAAGGCAAAGCCAUAUAAAAAAGUGAUUUUAGCAGCUUCGAUGAAAGACUAUGA